GCAUUUCUGCACGCUCCUUGCUUGAGCGCAGCAUAUAAUAAUGGCCUGGCCGACUCCACUAUCGCUCGGUUGUCCAUCCCUCUCAACCCUAAGACAGCACCAGCGGUAGUAUCGACCCCUUGGCUCGGUGCUCAUUCUUCCACUCAUGGAUAUCCCGAAAUCCCCUUGUGCGGACAUUAAAGAUGAGGAACGACGAGUCGGCGAGUUAGUUCAUCUAACGGCACCCUACAGCGCUGAGGAGGAAAAAGCAGUGGUGCGGAAAAUUGACAUGAUCAUUCUACCUUUUCUCUGCUUCGUCUUUUUCCUACAGUACUUAGACAAACAAAGUCUCAGCUAUGCUGGUGUAUUCGGCCUGAUGGAAGACCUGAAUUUGACGAGUUCGCAAUAUUCCUGGUGCAGCUCUAUCUUCUAUGUGGGCCAGCUUGUUUCCGAAUAUCCCUUCAUUUACCUGAUGAGUCGACUCCCUCUGACAAAAUUCGUUGGUGUUACGGUGAUUGUUUGGGGUGGUGUGUGUAUGUGUCUGGCUGCACCGAAGACCUACAGCGGAUUUGCCGCCGUUCGAUUUCUUCUCGGCUUCAGUGAAGGCGCAGUCUCGCCAGCCUUUGUCACGAUUACGUCUAUUUGGUACCGUCAAAAGGAGCAUACGAUUCGCACUGCCCUCUGGAUCUCCAUGAAUGGCCUGGCCCAAGUCAUCGGCUGCCUGUUGAUGUACGGCAUAGGCAAAAACACAGCUCUAGCCAUCGCACCCUGGCGCGUUCUGUUUUUAAUCUGUGGGGCCAUGACACUGGCUGCCGGAGUUUGCUUCCUGGUGCUUAUGCCAAGUGGACCCAAAGACGCAUGGUUCCUCAACGCCCGCGAAAAGGAGGUUUUACGGCAACGCAUGGCGCAAGACCAUGAAGGUGGCGAUAAGACGUUUUUCUCCCUACCGCAACUCAAAGAGACUCUCAUGGACCCCAAGGCAUGGCUGGUCUUCUGGUUCGGAGUGCUUGUAACGAUGCAGUCUCCCGUACUCACCUUUGCAUCCCUCGUCAUCGAGUCCCUUGGCUACAGCAAGCUGGACACAAUGUUGUACACAGCGCCCUCUGGGGCCGUCCAAAUGGCCUUAUUAUGGAUUGGAGUCGCGCUUGCCACUAUCCUCCCUCGUCAGCGGACACUAGUUGCGCUGAUGCUCAUUAUCCCACCCCUUGUCGGCACUGUCUUUUUGUUCAAGCUCGACUUGACUGCCGAAUGGGGUAUGAUUGCCAUGUCUUGGUUGGCCUCAUGUAUAACGGCCUCCAUGUCCAUCCUUCUCUCCCUCUCUGCUUCUAAUGUUAAGGGUAACACAAAACGUGCCAUCGUCAAUACGAUGUUCUUCAUUGGCUAUUGCGCCGGAUGUAUUGGGUCUCCACAGUUAUGGACGAAGAGACCUCGCUAUACCGAGGGCGUCAUCACAUCUAUUGUUACGUGGUGCCUCCUGUUCGCUGCGGUGAUUAUCUACCGCUUGCUGUGCAUGCAGGAUAACAAGCAACGCGAAGCGAAGACCGGUGCUGAUGCCGACAUGAGCGGAGGAGAUAUGCUAGAAGAAGAUGGGCUACAGGCAGCCGAUCUGACGGAUAAGAACGAUCCAUCAUUUCGAUAUGCGCUAUAA